CAUUAGACGAGGCUGCUGAGCGCCACUCAGCUACAGCAAGAUUGAGACGGUCGAGUCUACUCACACCUGAGGUACACACACGAGGGCACACAGGCAUCCACAUCCACAUCUGUACAGACGCAUACGCACAGAGCACACGUAUGAGCAUUCACUCACUGUGUUGUGCUCUGUGGUGCUGUGUUGUGUUGUGUUGUGUGUGCUGUGUGUGGUUUUGGUGUAGGUGUAGGUGCUGUGCAGUCCUGUCGUGUGGUGGCUGUUGCCAUCGCUUCAGUUACUUUGUUGUGUUGAUCGUUCAUCCCACUCACUCUAUGGACGUCCCGCCUCACCAAGCCAGAACGGCCCCCGAGCUGCCGGCGUGCAGGCUGUUCAAGUCCUCGAAUUCCUCGGAUGGGCGGCCACUCUCAAGCGAGCGAGACACGGGGACAUGGCCUCCGUCUUCUCCGUCUUCAGCAACGGCAGGGAGAAGAUCUGGUCACUUCUCGGCAGGCCCUGCCCUGCCCUGCCUACGUGAGUCGAAACUCGUCCCCGUGGGCCAGCCGGCUCAGCCACGACCCGCCAUUCAAGCACAUGUGGAGCCUUGACAAGCUGUCCAGGAGCGGCGGGCGCCUUCGGCAUCAAACGGAAAGGGCUGGGAGGGCGGGGGAGUAUCAGGCCGGACGAUUAGGUCCCAGGACGGCAGCGAUCAGACGGUCACUCACACCACCCUGACGCACGCACACACAUGUCACCAGGGAGACCAUCACCCGAGUGUCUGUGUGUGUGUGUGUCUGCCUGACUGUGUGCAGAUGCGUACGGUUGUUAGCCUUGAGAAGCCGUUCGUCAUCAAAGUCUCAAGGUCCCCUGCGCCUGACCCACUCUCGGGUUGCGUAUGUCCAAGUCCACGCCCUCGUCUUGGUCGUCGACGGCACAGACGAUGGCACAUGGCUUACAGCUGCCUGUGGUGUUUUUUGUUUGUGUAUGAGUGUCCGCUCGCCUGUUAGUUAAUUUGGUGGUACUGUACUGUACGUGUGUUAAUUGUGAUAUAUAUAUAGGCGUGCAAUUGUGAUGGAUCGUCGUGUGUACGUACACGUGUGUGUACGUAAUCGUGCCUGUCGUACACGUGUGUGUCUCAUUGACGACAUUGAUUGAUUGACGUCACGUGCACUCACUGAUUGGUUCACUGACAAUGAGUGAGUGUGGGUUGAGCGUGUCGUCGCGUGGCGACAGCAGCAGCAGCUGCAGCUCUGUGGUGCGGGUCGUGUCGAGCGAGGCGGAGGGCGGCGGGCAGUUUGUGCGAGUCACUGCCGUGUGGUCCUCACUGCCCGCCUACAAAGUCGGCUCCGCCGGCAACGGGUGAGUGAGUGAACGAAUGAGUGAGCUUUCCUGACUCAUCCAUCCAUUCAUCCAUUCAUUCAUUUAUGGUGUGUGUGUGUGUCUAUGUGUCUGUGAGGUAUGCGACGGCUGCUGUGGUGUUCCUUGACACGCCGGGCGAGCAGACGGCAGCCGUCUUCAGCCACGCCCUCGGCCAUGCACUCGUCAAGGUCACAGAGCUCGUCACGUUCCAAUCGCAGCCGUAAGCCAAUGCCCACACAUGCACUGGGUCGGCAUACUCGCUGACUGGUCGUGUGUGUCUCUGUCUGUCUGUCUGUCUGUCUGCAAUCAAUUAGGUAUGUGUAUGUUGGUGGUGGUUCUGGCAUGAAUGUGACGCUCAACUGCACCCAACAGCCGUCACUCAUCAGUAAGACAGCUCAGCUGGACAGCGGAUGGGAGGCUAAUCUCUGUGUGUGUGUGUGCUCAGGCUUCAUCGAGCAUGCCAAGCGCAAGGCCAGGUGAGUGAGACAUGGAAUGACACACACGCAUCUCUGUCUGUCUCCAUCUGUGUGUGUGGCUUCUUUCCAUUCCAGGUCGUUCAAGGAGCACGUCAAGUCGGGCCGGAUCUACGACUCCAUGUGA